AUGUACAUUUGCUGGCGCCAGCUGAGUUUGCACUACUCUUGUCAAACCCUCUGUGUGCAGGUCAGUCGCGAGGUGUACCGAAGGACCGGAUGCGGAUUCGCGACUAAAACUUGCAAAUGCGUGCAUCUUCAAGACGACAGUGCCAAGACAGCAGUCUGGGUGACUGUCGCACUUCGCGAGCUUCGCCACAGGAACGGCUUUCUCGUCGGCCGAACACAGGCUCCGCUACGAUCAAAGUCUUUGUCGCUUCAGAGCAUACUCUUUGCUGGAGAGGUGAUGAAAGCACCUCCAAUGACUGCGAUGAGGAAGAAGCCUCGCCAGUAUGAGAUGGCAUGGAAGACUCUCCCAGAGCGAAGGUUCGUUUUCGAUCCGAAAAGCUUCCUUCCCGUUCCUCGAGGUGGCUGGGAUAUGCAUGACCCCAGCUGGCCAGACAUCUUUCCAACCGGACGGCGUGGAUUGGCGCCAUUGCCCUUCGAGCAGCAAGCCGCGGAGGAGUCAGAUCGCACGGGAGAGGACGAUUGCAUGACCGCAGCUCGAAAUGUGGUCAACAUGGCCUGCAAGCCGCUGCAAAGGCGCUGGUUUCCGGAGCAGUUUCGCACCCCACAGUGCCCGCGUUGGGAGAUGCUGUUUGCUGAGCCAUGCCCCUCUAGCUGCUCUCGACGCUUCAGGUCCUCUCCAGCUUCGCAGCCUCGACCAAAGGAAAGACAGAAGUGUGACGCAUUCCAGGACGUUAUCGUGCAUUUGCUGCACUCCGGCCGAGCCAAGGUGAUGGAGGAGCUUUAUCAAGUGGUGUGCGACUUCUUUGCCAGUCAGGGCCAUCAAGCUCUUUCAGCUUCUCUUGCGAGGCAAGUCCGCGAGGAUCAGGACCUCAAUCGCUUCAGAGCGAAACUUCGGAAGAUCUUGGAGAAGCAUCUGAGUCCGGGAACACUGAGUUCUGUCGUGGAUGCACACCAUCUAAAUGUGGAGGAGAUGCAGGCCAAUCUUUAUGAUGCGCUGAGUCAGGAUGGUGACCUCGAGAUGGACAUGGGCGAACAUGGAGGUACUUCUGGGUACUCGGAUAUGUUGCGGAUGAUGAGCAUGCAGCAGCAACGACCGCUGCAAGGAACGGAGGAGCGACCUUUGCAUGAGCGUCGGGUUAUGGACGUGCAGGUUUCCUGGACUCACCUGGCCGACAAGCCAGCUCACAUGCCAAACGCAUCGAAAAGCAUCUUGCUCAGCAACCUGCCGCUUACCGCAACUGAGUCUGAUAUUCGUGCAGCUCUUUCCACCGGCUGUGGAGAAGUCCAAGACUUGGAAAUGUGCGACGGCAUGGAAGACUGGAUGGAGUCCAUCCGCAGACCCGACGGCGGCCUCGCCAGUGAAGCGAUGACGGAGGAUACCGCCACCAAUGUGAGCAAAGCUGCCUCACCGUAUACUUUGCGCUACGCCAUUGUGCAAUUUCACGAUCCGAGUGCCAAGCGCCGCGCUACAAGGAAGCUGCCACGAUUGAACGGGAUCUUGCUGAAGGAGGUGCUGCUACUCAAGAAGAGGACGAAAUGGAAGGACAGCGUUGUAGCUCGCCCAGCCUUCCCCCAGGAUGCCCGUUGGAAGAGAUCGCUCAUUCUGCGCGAUCUGCCACGGUUGCAGCCGAGUGAGGUCCUUGGGCACGUGGCAGCUGGACUGUCUGCGAAUGGGAAGAAAUGUCGGCUCGAGCUGCUCAAUUGCGCAGCUUUCGCUCAGACACCGAGCAUCUUGCAGCGCUUCAUUGUCGAGGGCAAGGAUGGCACAGUCACUCACGAAGACGGUGAUAGCUCCGCCAGCCAGAUGUCUGAGCUCCAGAACUCGUCGAACCCUACAUGGGCGGGACAUGGCACCGCACUGGUCCUGCGCUUUGCAUGCUUCGAGGAAGCGUACCUCGCCAGAAAGCAUUUGAAAGACUUGUCGAUGGAAGGUCGUGCCAUACUUUGUGAAUUUCCUCCCUGGCGUCCAGUCUGCACUGCGGUGGACUCAAGGGGUCGCGGGCUGGAUGAGCCCGUGCUCCUGGACAUGCCGAUCCCCCGAGCGAGCGCACGCUAUGGGCCCCGGAGACUAAACAACGAUCCUGUCAUUCGUUUUGGAGUGGUAGAGGAGGAGUUCGAAUGA